AUGCAUGAACGUGGUUAUGGCUCUAUGAAUGAUGCUAAACCGGAAGUAAAUGAAAAUAUCGGAACUGUACGCCGUCGUCUACGUCGGGCUAUACAAGCAAAUUUACAUUAUUGGACAACAACGAAUUCAACAUAUGCUGGAAAUCAAAAUGCACUGAUAAAUACUGAUAAUUGGACACGGUUAGGUGAAAAUUAUUUGCAACUUCAUAGACCAGUGCCAAAGUCACGUAGUUGUUCAGAUUAUACAAAUUAUGGUGAUGAAGCUGGUGUUGGAUCAAUCCUUAACCCCAGCAUAUUUACAGACUAUGGAUUGUCUAGUAGAGAUUUACUAGUUCUACGUAAUAAACAAGAAAUACUGGAUAUAUUCAACCAAGCUAAUUUAUCCUCAUUAUUCGGCUCUCCAUUGAGUUUUGAUCAAGUCUGGGAGUUGGGAUUAAAGUUAGACAAAGAAUUAUUAGGUAGUAAAGCAUCCGGAACAAAUGAUCAAACCACAUUACAAUCAUUUAAGACUGCAUUAUGGAAACUACGUUCAGAUGGUAUACAAGAGAAGGUGACUCAUGAAUAUGCCCAAAAGUGUUGA